UUUGAAAAGAAAGUGAUGUUAGUUGAAAGGUUUUUGAAAGCUAUUGCAAGAGUUCAGAAAACAGCGAAAAUUACAAGGACUAUUCAUCCGAGGAUUAUUACAACUGAAAAAAACAGCAAAAAGGUUAUCAAGAUUUCUCUUUCUCCUACUACUGCGAUGGUAAAAGAUAUGACAACCAAACAAUUAAAAAAAGCCAUUCAAAAAGAUUUAGAAGAAUUAAAGGAAAUUUUACCCUUGGAACCCAGUUUAUUACCGGAUGAAGAUGAUUCCGAAACCUGA